UCCCACGAAGGCGUCCGCUCCCGACUGCAAGCCGCGGCGUGAAUCCGUUUCCCUUUUAAGAUCGACAACGCUUCUCCUCCUAUCUUUCUCGAAACCCUCGCGGUGAUCGCGAUGGCUUCCGAUCCUCUCCUUAACCUGGCUAAAGUUCCUCUCCCGAUCGAUCCAGACAGUAAAUCUGAGUUUCCAGUGGUCCCUAUCCAUAUUGUCACCCAUGCUUCCCAAUUGCCACCUGAAUUUAUUGAUCCUCCGGUGGAUAGGCAGGUGGUCAUUGGAUUUGAUUGUGAGGGAAUCGACCUCUGUCGACAUGGAGCUUUAUGUGUAAUGCAGCUUGCACUUCCCAAUGCCGUAUACCUUGUUGAUGCUAUAGAGGGUGGGGAGUUACUUAUCCAAGCCUGUAAGCCUGCACUUGAAUCCAUGAACAUUAUGAAAGUAAUUCAUGACUGCAAACGGGAUAGUGAGGCUUUACAUUUUCAAUAUGGCAUAAAACUGAACAAUGUAUUUGAUACCCAGAUUGCAUAUUCUUUGAUAGAGGAGGAAGAAGGAAGGAAGCCAUCGCUUAAUGAUCAUAUUUCUUUUGUUGGGCUUCUCGCAGAUCCUCGAUACUGUGGAAUAUCCUAUCUUGAAAAGGAGGAAGUGCGUGUCCUGCUAAGACAGGAUCCUGAGUUUUGGACUUACAGACCAAUGUCUGAAAUGAUGAUCCGAGCAGCUGCUGAUGAUGUUCGCUUUCUCCUAAGUAUUUAUCAUUCAAUGAUGGAGAGACUGAAUAAGAAAUCCUUGUGGCACCUUGCACUUCGUAGCUCACUUUACUGUAGGUGUUUUUGCAUCAACGACAAUGACUAUGCAGAAUGGCCAUCCCUACCCCCUCUUCCAGAUGACAUAGUUGCAGAAGGUUAUGUUCCUGAGGAGGAGAUACUGUCCAUCCUGAAUGUUCCUCCUGGGAAAAUGGGGCGAGUUAUUGGGAGAAAGGGAGCCUCUAUCCAGUCCGUGAAAGAAUCUUGCCAUGCGGAAAUUAUUACUGGUGGCGCAAAGGGCCCUCCCGACAAGGUUUUCAUCAUUGGGCCUGUGAAGCAGGUAAGGAAAGCCGAGGCAAUAAUCCGAGGGCGCAUGCUGGAUUUAUAAGCUUGCUGCUGUGGGACCUUUCAGCUUAUCACCCCUUGUAGAACAAAGUGUGGCAUUGAACAUCAACUUUUCAUCCAGGAACAAGAAUGUAUGAGAUUGUUGUCUGUCCGAUGUAAAGAAAAUGUCUACCGACACUCGUGUUCCUGCAAGUUAGGUCUUUCUAUAGUUGGAUGAAACAACUAUGAACCUGGAAUUGUUGUGUAAGAUGUGUAUCUUGCAUUCUGAACACGGUUUAUGUUAUAUGAUUUUCCAUUCCAUUCUCGACA